UGAACCAUGUAGCCUAAUGUAAAUGUGGCCUAAAAGAGUUAGUCAAUUAUAUUGACAGAGCCAAUGAUUUUGAAUAGCAAUUGCUUUAGAAUUCUACAAUAAAAUUAAUUCAUAUUUACUCUAAGCAUACAGUAGGUCCAUAUGAACUGAUGUGAGUUGGUUUGAUUGUCUAACUCAUAUUUGAAAUUUCCCUGUUACUUCAGCCUUAAACUGAAGUAAUAUAUUAAUAUUUUCGUGUUUCUAUUUUUAAAUAAUUAUUUUUUAAAAAACACACUUUUGCCUGUAAACUCAGAAACGCUGCCAUUUUUUUGUUUUGUUACUUAUUUAUUUAAAAUGAUUUGCUUUUGUUGUGUAGGAGCUCUCGGGCGCUCGUUUUCUGCUUUCGGUGCUGUUACCGCUAAGUGUGUAAAAGCCGCGCCCCAACAUGCGGCUAGAUUAACCGUGCUUUCAGAAAGAACGGCUGAUCCUGGGAAUGCCCGAGCAAAAAAAAAGUAUUCUGCGCAUGUUCGGUGACCUGUAGUUUUGUUUUGUUUGUUUUUUUGUUAUUUUGUAAGGGGGCGUCUUUACCACACCUCCCGAAACGCCCAUUUUACUUGGCGGUACUGAACCCCCUGGAAUUUAGUUAAUACCAAACUGAAGGUAGCGACAUUGGUUUAAAGCGCAUUGCGCACUGCGCAUGCGCCUCCUUCCUACUCUGCUCUGCGUGUGUGAACGGGUCGCGGUGGUAGAUAAAGAACCAACACACACACUCUGACGCUUUAAAUCCGUUCAGUUAAAGCCGAGAUCACUUCACGAACCCUUUAAACAUCCUGAAAUCACCAGACCGGAAGUGAGGGACUCUGUGGAAACCGGUAGGAAACCAACACACACUUGGUCGUUGGGUUUCGUUUUCCACACAGGCUUUAAAGCUCUGAUACUCUGCGUAACAUCACUAAAGUGUCCUGAUUCUUUACACCUCUUAUAAUGAAGUCGGAGUCCAGACGGCGCUCUUUAGGAAAAUCUCCACGGACUCCUGCUGCUACUGGCUCAGAGAUGUACCACUGUUCAGACUGUGGGGAGAGUUUUACUAAAAGUCAUCAUCUCAAAGAUCACGAGCAGAUCCACACGGGAGAGAAGCCGUAUCACUGUGGACAGUGUGGGAAGAGUUUUACUCGUCAGAGUAAUCUCCAAAUACACGAGCGCAUUCACACGGGAGAGAAGCCGUACUACUGUGGACAGUGUGGGAAGAGUUUUACCCAACUAUGUAAUCUCCAACAGCACGAGCGCAUUCACACUGGAAAGAAGCCGUAUCACUGUGGACAGUGUGGGAAGAGAUUUACCCAACUAUGUACUCUCCAACAGCACGAGCGCAUUCACACGGGAGAGAAGCCGUAUCACUGUGGACAGUGUGGUAUGAGUUUUACUUGUCAGACUAAUCUCCAAAGACACCAGCGCAUUCACACAGGAGAGAAGCCGUAUCACUGUGGACAGUGUGGGAAGAGUUUCACUUAUCAGAGUGCUCUCCAAAUACACGAGCGGAUCCACACAGGUGAGAAGCCGUAUCACUGUGGACAGUGUGGGAAGAGUUUUACUUGUCAGAGUGCUCUACAACGACAUAAGCACAUUCACACAGGUGAGAAGCCGUAUCACUGUGGACAGUGUGAGAAGAGUUUCACUUGUCAGACUAAUCUCCAACGACACGAGCGGAUCCACACGGGAGAGAAGCCGUACUACUGUGGACUGUGUGGGAAGAGUUUUACCCAACUAUGUAAUCUCCAAAUACACGAGCGUGUUCACACGGGAGAGAAGCCGUAUCACUGUGGACAGUGUGAGAAGAGUUUUACUUGUCAGCAUAAUCUUCAACAGCAUGAGCGCAUCCACACAGGAGAGAAGCCGCAUUGCUGCUCGCAGUGUGGGAAAAGUUUUCGUCACCAGAGGGCCCUCCACAGCCACCAGCAGAGUCAUACAGGACAGAAGCCAUACCUCUGUGCACAAUGUGGGCGGGGCUAUACUCAUUUGAGUUCGUUAAGGACACACAAGUGCUCUAACUUAAAGCCAUCAGAUCUUGACACGUGAAUUUGUCAAAUUAAGAUGUUUUUAAUAUAAAUUUUUUAAAGGGAGGUAAAGAGACAUUCAGGCAUAAAACUAUAAUAUUAUUUGUCAUGGACUGUAUUAUUCUGUCGCAUGGGACUUUAUUGCUCACUCUUUGGGUUUUAGCUGAAUUCAUGAUUUUAUGGUGUUUUCUUGUUUUUCCCCGAAUGCAACAAUACCAAGCAUAGAAUACACACAUUUAACCAGUG